AUGGCCGCUCGGGCCGAAGUGCUGGCUUUACAGGCGCAAGUUGCCCAGCGUGAGAAGGAGCUGAGCUCGCUGCGGCAGAGGUUGGCGGAGGCUCUCUCGGCGGAGCAGGAGCCGGAGCAGGAGCCGGAGCGGCCGGUGCCCGUGCCGCCGCUGCCCCCGAAGGCCGCCCUGUCCCGUGCAGAGAUCCUGCGCUACAGCCGGCAGCUGGUGCUGCCCGAGCUCGGCGUGGCGGGCCAGCUCCGCCUGGCCGCGGCGUCCGUGCUGGUGGUGGGCUGCGGCGGCCUGGGCUGCCCGCUGGCGCAGUACUUGGCCGCCGCCGGCGUGGGCCGCCUGGGCCUGGUGGACUACGACGUGGUGGAGCUGAGCAACCUGGCGCGCCAGGUGCUGCACGGCGAGGCCCUGGCCGGCCGGGCCAACAAGGCCUUCUCGGCCGCCGCCGCGCUGCGCCGCCUCAACUCGGCCGUGCAGUGCGUGCCCUACGCCGAGGCCCUGACGCCGGCCACCGCGCGGGACCUGGUGGGCCGCUACGACGUGGUGGCCGAUUGCUCGGACAACGUGCCCACCCGCUACCUGGUGAGCGACGCCUGCGUGCUGGCCGGCCGGCCCCUGGUGUCGGCCAGCGCGCUGCGUUUCGAGGGCCAGCUCACGGUCUACCACCACGACGGCGGCCCUUGCUACCGCUGCGUGUUCCCCGAGCCGCCGCCCGCCGACACGGUGACCAGCUGCGCGGACGGCGGGGUGCUCGGCGCCGUCACGGGCAUCCUGGGCUGCCUGCAGGCGCUCGAGGUGCUGAAGAUCGCCGCCGGCCUCGGCCCGUCCUACAGCGGCCGCAUGCUGCUCUUCGACGCGCUCGCCGGGCAGUUCCGCGCCAUCCGGCUUCGCGGCCGCAGAGCCGACUGCGCCGCCUGCGGGGAGCGGCCCACGGUGACGGCCUUGCAGGACUACGAGGCCUUCUGCGGGUCGGCGGCCACCGACAAGUGCCGCUCCCUGCACUUGCUGCGACCCGAGGAGCGGGUCUCAGUCACCGACUACAAGCGUCUUCUGGAUUCCGAGGUGCCCCACCUGCUGUUGGACGUCAGGCCGAAGGUGGAGGUGGACAUCUGCCGGCUGCCGCAUUCCCUGCACAUCCCCCUGAAAUGUUUGGAACAGAGGGACGCAGCCAGCCUUCGGCUCCUGGGUGAGGCUAUCCGGGAAGCUAGGCAGGGUGUGCAGGAUGGGGCCGACCUCCCCGUUUAUGUGAUCUGCAAACUGGGCAAUGACUCCCAGAAAGCUGUGAAGAUCCUGCAGUCCUGGAGUGUGACCCGUGAGUUCGAUGUGCUUCUGGUUCAGGACAUCGUGGGAGGCCUCAUGGCCUGGGCAGCCAAAGUCGAUGCGUCGUUUCCUGAGUACUGACUGAAGCCUCGGAGGCUGGAGGCCAACCUGAGAACUUGUUACCUUAAAGACUGCUCAGUGUUUUGUUGUUGUUUUGUUUGUUUUGUUUUAAUGGCAGUGCACAGAAAUGCCUAAGGGGUCAAUGAUUUCUGAAUACUGGGAUUCCUUUUUUUUUU